CAGCUUCAUUGUGUUCUGGUUGAACUGAUGAAGUGAGAAUCAUUCUGAUUUACUCUGCAGCAGCAACUCAGACCACUUUGACCUCUCUAGGAGCAGUCUCCCGCAAUGAGGCUUCCAAUCUCAUUGUGUGCGUCACUACUCCUGUUGGUUAAUGGUGCUUUCAGCAAUGUCACCAUUGAUCCUUGCUACAACUAUGAAUCUCUGGAUCGCCCCUGGAGAGCCACAAAUCAAUAUGGCUUUUUCAUUUGUGAUGACUCUUUCUCCUGGAAUGGCUGGUACCGACUUUUCUACAAUGGACUGAACAUCCGGAUGCCAGAGAGCUGCGUUAGUGGAGGCAGCUGUAACACAGACAUCAGCCUGUGGCUCAACGGUUCCCAUCCUCGGGUACAGGAUGGUGUGGUAACCAUACAGAUCUGUGGGUCCAAUUUAGUGAGCGGCUGUUGUGAUGACAGAUUCACUCCCAUCAAAGUCAAAGCUUGCCCAGGCAAUUACUAUGUCUAUGAACUUCUAAAGCCAGAAUAUGGGUGUUCAGCAUACUGCACAGACAUCACCUCACUUCCCCAGACAACUCCAAGUCCAGCUAUUAAUGCAUCAACUCCACAUCCAGCUAUAAAUUCAUCAAUGUCUAAUGUAACAGGUUAUGAUCCGUGCUACAGCUACAGCAUUCUUGAUGAUUACUGGAGAAGCACGCUCAAUUACUGGCAUUUGUAUGGAUAUAUGUCUGGACAUGAUGACACUCGUGUUGCAUGGCAGGGCUGGUAUCGACUCUUCAUUAAUGGAUCGAGCGCUCAGAUGCCUGAGUGGUGUUUCAGCUCAAUGUCAUGUGGAGGUUUUACUUCUCUGUGGCUCAAUGGUUUACAUCCAGAUCUAGAAGAUGGAGUUGUUACUCGUGAUGUCUACGGCUCUGUUAACGACCAGUGCAGUUCCUAUCAAUCCAACCCAAUCCAAGUCAAAGCUUGUGCUGGAAAUUACUAUGUCUACAAGCUAAUAAAACCAAAGCCAUCGAUCCCAGUGCCUACAUACUGUGCAGUUCCAUUCAGCCCUCCAAAUACUGAACCCUGCUACUACUACACCAGUCUGGAUGACCCUCAGAGAGCCACUGAUAAUUUUUACAGCAGUAAUAUGUGUGAUUAUAAUGUCGACUGGAAUGGCUGGUACAGGCUCUUCUACAAUGGUCAGAGUGUCCAGAUGCCAGAUUUUUGUGUUGGUGAUGGCAUGUGUGGCUCUACUCACCCACUUUGGCUCAAUGGCUCCCACCCAAGACUAGAAGAUGGAGUGGUCACCCGACAAGUCUGCAGUCCCACCCGGAAUGACUGCUGUGGUUCCAGAUCUCAUCCAAUACAAGUCAAAGCCUGUCCUGGAAACUAUUAUGUGUAUCAGUUUGUCAAGCCACAACAGUGUUCAUCUUACUGUGCAGAUGUCACAGGUGUAAAUAUCCCAACUACAAUGCCAUCUACAACAGUGGCAAUAAUACCAGUAGAAUCCACUACUGAGCCCUAUCUAGCACUCCAGUAUGACCCGUGCGAUAGCUACACUGUGUUGGAUGAACCUUGGAGAGCCACAGACAAUCGAUUCACCUUCGAUCUACGGUGUGACACUUAUGUCAGCUGGAACGGCUGGUAUCGUCUCUUCGUCCAUGGCCAAAGCGUUCACAUGCCGGACACAUGUGUUGAUCGGCUGAGCUGUGGCACUCAUGCCCCUCUGUGGCUAAAUGGUCCACAUCCACAAAUCGAGGAUGGAGUGGUGACCCGAGGUGUCUGUGGUCACUGGUGGGGCAACUGCUGCGCUUUCCAGUCUAAUCCCAUCAGAGUGAAAGCUUGCCCAGGAAAUUACUACGUCUAUGAAUUUGUCAGCCCUAGUUUCUGCUAUGGGACCUACUGUGCAGAUGUCAGGAACACUAGUAUCAGUGUUUCAACUGUGACUCCACAAACUGCCUUGGCUGCUUUCCAGAUUGACCCAUGCUAUAACUACACAGCCCUGGAUGAUCCAUGGAGGGCAAUAGACUAUCAGUUAGCAUACAAUUGUGAUGCUAGUUUGAGUUGGGUUGGCUGGUAUCGUCUCUUCCUCAAUGGUCAAAAUGCUCAGAUGCCAGAGACGUGUAUUGCUGAAUUUAAAUGUGGCACUGUUGCUCCACUGUGGCUAAAUGGUCAACACCCAAGAGUUGAAGAUGGAGUGGUCACCCGAGAUGUCUGUGGCCACUGGAGCGGUGACUGCUGCAAUUAUAUAUUUGAUCCCAUGAAAGUGAAAGCCUGCCCUGGCAAUUAUUAUGUGUAUGAGUUCAAAAACCCAGUGUUCUGCUCUACGGCAUACUGCGCAGAACUCAGCAAUGGUACCAACGAUAUAACUAUCACACCACCGACCACAACAACUGAUGUCACAACUCCCGUCUCUGAACCGUGCACUCAGUACAGUAUUCUUGAUGAUGGCUGGAGAGGUUUAGGGGUACUCGGCCACAAUUCCCCAUACAAUGUCCACGAUGACACCCUUGUUGAAUGGAGCGGCUGGUAUCGGCUGUAUUUGAAUGGCACAAGUGCUCAGCUCUCUGAGUGGUGUGUGAGCUACUCAGAAUGUGGUGGUGAAACUGGACUAUAUCUCAAUGCCUCUCAUCCCAAACUUGAGGAUGGAGUGGUGACCCGUGAUGUGUUAGGAAUGUCAUCAGGGUGGUAUUUCAGCCAAUGUGGCAACUAUAGAUCCACCUCAAUCCAAGUCAAAGCCUGUCCAGGAGAUUAUUACGUCUAUGAACUCGUCAAACCAAGCACAUUUAUGCCUAGGCCUACAUACUGUACAGUUGCUUUCAACAACAUCAGUAAUGAUCCUUGUUACAAUUAUGAAUCACUGGAUCGUCCCUGGAGAGCCUCAAAUGAAAGUGGUUUCUUUAUCUGUGAUGGCGCUUUCACCUGGAAUGGCUGGUACCGACUUUUCUGCAAUGGAAUGAACAUCCAAAUGCCAGAGAGCUGUCUUGGUGAAAACAGAUGUAACACACAAAACAGUCUGUCACUCAAUGGUCCUCACCCUGAGAUAGAGGAUGGAGUGGUGAUCAGGGAGGUCUGUGGAAGCACAGGGUUUGGCUGCUGUGCUUUCAGAUCAACACCUAUCAGAGUCAAAGCUUGCCCAGGCGAUUACUAUGUGUAUGAAUUAUCUGAUCCAUCAUUCUCCUGUUCAGGAUAUUGUAUAGAUGUCAGCACACUAUCUCAGCUUCCCACUACAAGUCCAGCUGCCAUCACUGAAUCCAGCAUUACCUUGAAUUAUGACCCGUGCUAUAACUACAACAGCCUUGACAAUUACUGGAGAGGCGUAUACAAUACCUGGAUGGCAGAUGGACAUGGAUAUGAUGACUCUCGUGUUCACUGGGAUGGCUGGUAUCGACUCUUUAUCAAUGGGUCAAGUGCUGAGAUUCCCGAGUGGUGUUUCAGUUAUAUGUCAUGUGGAGGUUACGUUUCCCUUUGGCUUGGUGGCCCUCAUCCACAAAUUGAAGAUGGAGUUGUUACUAGAAAAGUUUACGGCUCUGUUAAUAACCAGUGCAACAACUACAGAUCAGACCCGAUCCAAGUCAAAGCGUGUCCUGGAAAUUACUAUGUAUAUAAACUUAUUAGGCCUAAGCUAACAAUCCCAGCUCCUGUAUAUUGUGCAGUUUCACUUAACACCCCAAAUACUGACCCCUGCUAUGACUAUACUGGUCUGGAUGAGCCUUGGAGAGCCAGCAACACUUCUUACUACAGUUAUAUAUGUGAUUAUAAUGUCGUCUGGAAUGGCUGGUACAGGCUCUUCUACAAUGGUCAGAGUGUCCAGAUGCAAGAUUCAUGUGUUAGCAUUGGUAUGUGUGGCAGUUAUCAGCCACUUUGGCUCAACGGCUCCCACCCAAGACUAGAAGAUGGAGUGGUCACUCGACAAGUCUGCAGUCCCACCUGGUCUGACUGCUGUGGUUACACAUCUCAUCCCAUACAAGUCAAAGCCUGUCCUGGAAACUAUUAUGUGUAUGAGUUUACCAGGCCAACAUUCUGUUCAUCUUAUUGUACAGAUGUUACCAGACAUAACAACAUAUUAGCAUCUACAACAGCCGUGACAACUACAACUCCAGAAUCCACCACUCUACCCAUUACAACCUUAGAGGCUGAUCCUUUUGACCCCUGCUAUAACUACACUGUGAUAGAUGAUUAUUGGAGAUCAGUUAACAAUACACAGUCCUCCUCAAUACGGUGUGACAUGUAUGCCAACUGGAACGGCUGGUAUCGCCUCUACAUUAGUGGCCAGAGUGCUCAUAUGCCAGACACAUGUGUUAAUGAGUAUAGGUGUAGUACUCAUGCCCCUCUGUGGCUAAAUGGAGAACAUCCACGAGUCGAGGAUGGAGUGGUAACCCGAAGUAUCUGUGGUCACUGGAACAAUGACUGCUGCUAUUUUCAUUCCAAUCCCAUUCAAGUGAAAGCCUGCCCUGGAAGCUACUACGUCUACGAGUUUGUUUCACCAAGUUUUUGCUAUGGGACCUACUGUGCAGAAGUCACAACUCAGAGCUCUGACCCAUGCUCUGGAUACAAUGUUAUUGAUGAAAAUUGGAGAGACUUGCGCCAGAACUACUAUAACUAUUACUCAAACCAUGAUGACACUCUUGUUGAAUGGAAUGGCUGGUAUCGGCUGUAUUUGAAUGGACAAAAUGCUCAGCUCUCAGAGUGGUGUGUGACAGCAACAGGAUGUGGUGGUGAUACUGGACUGUUUCUCAAUGGUUCUCAUCCACAACUUGAGGAUGGGGUCGUGACCCGUGAAGUUUUGGGAACAUUGUCGAGGUCAUCAUGGUAUUGGGGGUGGUAUUGGUGGUACAGCUUCUCCCACCAAUGUGGCUACUAUGAAUCCGCCUCCAUCCAAGUUAAAGCAUGUCCAGGAGAUUUUUACGUCUAUGAACUUGUCAAACCCAGUACCUCAAUCUUUAGACCUGCGUACUGUACAGUUGCUUUUGACAGUACCAGUAAUGAUCCUUGUUACAACUAUGAAUCUCUGGAUCGUCCCUGGAGAGACACAAAUGAAAGUGGAUUUUAUAUUUGUGAGGAGAAUUUCUCCUGGAAUGGCUGGUACCGACUUUUCUACAAUGGAAUGAACAUCCGAAUGCCAGAGAGCUGUGUUAGUGGAAGCAGCUGUAACACAAAUAACGGUCUGUCACUGAACGGUCCUCACCCUCAGAUAGAGGAUGGAGUGGUGAUCAGGGAGGUCUGUGGAAGCACAUGGAAUGGCUGCUGUGAUUUAAAGUCAACACCCAUCAGGGUCAAAGCUUGCCCAGGCGAUUACUAUGUCUAUGAAUUUGUGAAGCCACCUACAUACACAUGUUCAGGGUACUGCACAGAUAUUAGUACUAUAACAGAAGCCUUUUCCUCUACAAGCCCAGCUUCGGGUAUUGGGUCCAGCAUGUCCACUUUCAACGGAGAUUAUGACCCAUGCAAUGACUACAACGUGCUUGACAACUACUGGAGAAGCACAUUUAAUUAUGGGUAUCAAUAUCAAUAUGACGACAGUCGUAUUGAAUGGCAUGGCUGGUAUCGACUCUACAUUAAUGGAAUUAGCGCUCAGAUGCCUGAGUGGUGUUUCACUUACAUGUCAUGUGGAGGUUUUAGUUCUCUGUGGCUUGGGGGACCUCAUCCUCAGUUAGACGACGGAGUUGUUACUCGAGAAGUCUACGGCUCUGUUAAUUACCAGUGUAGUUCCUAUCAAUCCAACCCAAUCCAAGUCAAAGCUUGCCCUGGAAAUUACUAUGUCUACGAAUUAAAAAAACCAAAGCCAUCAAUUCCAGCUCCUACAUAUUGUGCAGAUCCAUUUACCCCUCCAAGUGUUGACCCUUGCUACAACUACAACAGUCUGGAUGAGCCAUGGAGAGCCACUGACCACUCAUACUACGAUAAAUAUUAUUAUUAUUAUUACAAUGUAAUGUGUGAUUAUAAUGUCAACUGGAAUGGCUGGUACAGGCUGUUCUACAAUGGUCAGAGUGUCCAGAUGCCAGAGUCAUGCGUUAGUGGUGGUAUGUGUGGUACUUCUAUGCCACUUUUUCUCAACGGCUCCCAUCCACAACCAGAAGAUGGAGUGGUCACUCGACAAGUCUGUGCUUCCUCAUGGAGUGGCUGCUGUGAUUACAAAUCGCAUCCUAUUCAAGUCAAAGCUUGUCCAGGAAACUAUUACGUAUAUGAAUUUGUCAGGCCACAAUACUGCUCCGCUUACUGUGCAGAUACUAGCAUCCUAAAUACAACGACAGCAGCAAAUAUUUCCUCAGGACCAUUUUAUCCAUAUGGAGUUGGAGACAUAGAAACUGUUCGCUCUGAUGAUGGAAUUUCAUCAGUCAUCUACUUUCUUCAACCAUUUUUAUUUUUUGGACAGACAUACAAUCAAGUCUAUAUCAGCAACAAUGGAUUCUUGACUUUUGAUUGGCCAUGGUACAGCUACUAUCCAUACCAAUUCCCAGGUUAUGGUGGACAAGAUAUCAUUGCUCCAUUUUGGGCAGAUAUUGAUAACCGCAUCACUGGUGUCAUUUCGUAUCAGCAGUACACCUCCGGCAGCGUGAUUUCAAAUGCCACACAAGACAUUAACCAAUACUUCCCAGACCUGCGCUUCUCUGCUACUUGGGUCUUUGUUGCAACAUGGAACAAAGUUCCAUAUUAUCCAAAUUCAAGAACCGAAACAUCUUUUCAAGUGGUUUUCAUUUCUGAUGGCCAUUUAUCCUUUAUUUUGAUGAAUUAUGGAACAGUUGCUCCAACUUAUCGAUUUGUACAGGCUGGUUAUGACACCAGCAGUUCUAGAUACUACUUCUCAAUUACGGGUUCGCUACAGAGUGACAUCACAAACUUAAACCACAGCAGCAAUGUCAAUGUGCCUGGCAGAUGGGCCUUCAGAGCAGAUGAUGGAUCACGGGGUUGUCAGUUUAAUGGUUUUGCAGUCCAGCUUGGAGACUCUUUCUGGAGUGAUGCCACCUGCCAGCAGAAAUGCAUUUGUACCAACAGUGGUCUUCAGUGUAGCCCGGAGCCAUGCAGUUAUUCCCAAGCCUGUCGUCCAGCUGUCUUCCAAUACUCUUGCCAGAACAUUCCACGGCAAACAUGUACCAUCUCUGGUGAUCCUCACUACUACACCUUUGACUAUCAGGUUUUUCACUUUCAAGGGACCUGCACAUACGUUCUAUCAGAGGCUUGCAGCAAUGGAUUGCCAUACUAUCGCAUUGAGGGCAAAAAUGAGCAUAGGGGUAGCACGCAUGUGUCUUGGACACGGAUGGUUAGAGUGUUUGUCUAUGAUGAAGUAAUUGAACUGGUCAGAGAUCACAACUAUGAAGCAAGGAUUAAUGGAAGCUUUGCAGCAACACCAUUCUCUCUACGCAAUGGCUCCAUCCAAGUCUAUCAAUCAGGUUUUUCUUUGGCCAUCAGCACAGAUUUUGGUCUGCUUGUUACAUAUGAUGCAUACAGCUACGUCAGCAUCUCUGUACCAUAUGACUAUCAGAAUGCCACCUGUGGUCUGUGUGGAAACUAUAACCUGCGCUCUGAUGAUGACUUCCGUUCACCCAGUGGGGAGAUCUUGAGCUCAGAUGUGGACUUUGCCAACAGUUGGAAAGUAGAUAGUGACACUGACCCUGAGUGCCAUAAUGUCAGGUGCACAGGUCUGGCUUGUGCUGUUUGCACCACAGAUGAAAGAAAUCUUUACAGUGACACAAACCACUGUGGAAUCCUAGGAGAUGUUGCUGGUCCUUUUGCCGCUUGCCAUUCUGUUCUUGCCCCACAGACGUACAUGGAGAACUGUGUCUAUGACCUUUGUUUGGGACAAGGGUACCAGCCAAUUUUGUGCCAGGCUCUGAACGUGUAUGCCACUCAGUGCCAACAACAGGGUGUACAUCUUGGGCAGUGGAGGCAGCAAGGAUUUUGUGAAAUUCAGUGCCCUGAACACAGCCAUUUUGAGCCUCAAGGAACAGGCUGCCCAGCAACAUGCAGUAAUCCAUCUGCCCCAAUGAACUGCCCCUUGCCAAAUCAGGAAAGUUGCAUCUGUGACCCUGGGUACAUUCUCAGUGCUGGAGUGUGUGUGCCUCAAGCAAACUGUGGUUGCACGUUUGAGGGCUUUUAUUACACUGAAGGACAAUCAGUGGUGUUGGACGGUGACUGUGGGAGACAAUGUGUGUGCAGCAGCAUGUCAAUGAUCUGCUAUCAGUAUCAGUGUGGUCCAGGAGAAGUGUGUGAGGUCCAUAAUGGCAUCAGAGGCUGCAGACCUAUUGGUUAUGCAACCUGCUCAGUUGAAGACCUAGGGUCAUAUCACACCUUUGAUGGACAAAUUUUCAGAUACGCUGGAGCAUGUGGACUGACCCUAGCUAGGGUGAUGGGGCCAUCCUCUCUGCCACAUUUUGUAUUGACUGUAGAGAAAGUACCCAGAGGUCUUCAAGACUUUGCCAGAUUUCUGAAGUUCGAGGCAGGAGGAAUCCAGGUCUCCAUUGAAAUGGGAGAGGGAAGCAAUGUAAAGGUGGAUGGACAGAUGGUUGGUCUACCCGUCAGUGUUGGCUCAGGUCAAAUCCACAUCUAUCACAGCAGUGUGAGGGGUUUUGUUUUGGAAACAAACUUUGGGGUGACAGUGAGAGCCGACUGGCCACACAUUGUCCGCAUCACAGUGCCAAGCACCUACAAUGGCACACUUGGAGGACUUUGUGGAAACCUGAAUGGAGAUAUUGCUGAUGAGUUUUACACACCAGAUGGUGUCCUUUUAAAUGACACUCAGCUGUUUGCAGGCAGUUGGCGUGAUGGAUCCCUAUCAGCCCACUGUGAGGAACCAUUUGACAGCUGGGAGCCAGGACAUUUUCAGAGCAGGAGCCAGUUCAGUGAAUUGUGUGGUAUCAUGGCUAUGCUUGAUGGACCAUUUGCUGAAUGCAGCAGGACUUUUGAUCCUCAACAGCGAAUUGCUGAUUGUGUUCAGUUGCUGGAGCAAACACAAGGUGCCAGAGAGGCUCUAUGUGAGGCUCUGCGAGGUUAUACACUGCUUUGCCAACAGAAUGGAAUCGUGGUAGAAGACUGGAGAAAUGUCACCAGCUGUGAACCCGCCUGUCCUGAAAAUACCCAUUAUGAGGUAUGUGGCACCUCCUGCCCUGCAUCAUGCCCCAGCCUCUCAUUUCCAUUCCAGUGCAGCUUGCAAUGCCAGGAGGGAUGUCAGUGUAAUGACGGAAAUGUGUUGAAUGGAGAUCACUGUGUGCCCCCCAUGGGUUGUGGUUGUCACUACUCUGGGAAGUAUUAUCAGGCUGGACAGAAUUUCUGGCAUGGUGAAGAGUGCCAGCUUUUGUGUGUUUGUGAUGGAAUUACUGGAAAUGUCCACUGCACACCCUCAUCUUGCAGUGAAGAGGAAGUCUGUCAAGUGUUGGAUGGCGAAUAUGGCUGCCAUCUUCGUCCUCAAGCACGUUGCUCUGCUUCUGGAGACCCUCAUUACAUGUCUUUUGACGGAACCUUCUUUGACUUCCAGGGCACAUGCCGCUAUGUUCUAGCCACAGUAUGUAAUGACACCAUCGGUCUUCCACAUUUCCAGGUGGAUGCAAGGAAUGAACCAUGGCAUGGACUCACAGUGGCAAUUACAGUGGAAGUAUUUGUCAACGUCUCUGGGCAUUUGGUGCACAUGUCACAGGAUAUGAAUGGUCAUUCUGCUGUUGAGGUUGAUGGAGAGACAAGAAACCUCCCCGUUCUGCUUGAUUCUGGUGCUGUAUCUGUCUACUCCAGCGGACAGUACAUAUAUGUAUCUACUGACUUUGGUUUCAUUGUGAGUUAUGGAGGCUCCUGGACACUGAACAUUAUCGUACCACCAGAGUACAGCAAUGUUACAUGUGGCCUAUGUGGAAACUUUAAUGGCCAGAGCAGCGAUGACUUCAUGACUCCUUCAGGUGAUCUAGUGCGCUCAGCAGACCAGUUUGGGGCAAGUUGGAAGGUUGAAGAUGGCCUGCCAUGCAUUGAUGGCUGUGGAAACAAUUGCCCAAUGUGCCAAGAUCAAACAACUGCCCGUUCGCUGUGUGAUAUCAUCAGGUCCAAUGAAGGCCCAUUUAGCUUCUGCCAUGUUUCUGUAGACCCUCAAGCCUACUAUGAUGACUGUGUGUUUGAUGUGUGCCUUUCUGGAAACCGUAAUAAUGUCCUGUGUCGCUCAAUCCAAACCUACGCUAGUGCCUGUCAGGCUAACAAUGCUGUUAUCUACCCAUGGAGAGAAAGUGCAUCCUGUGCCAUGGCCUGCUCAAAUAACAGUCACUAUGAGUUGUGCGGAACAGACUGUGGUCAUACUUGUGCCAGCAGCAUUGAUGCUAGUUGUGAUCACACAUGCUCAGAGGGAUGUUUCUGUAAUGAUGGAUUGGCGAGGAGUGGAGGACAGUGUGUAUCAGUGGAGCAAUGUGGCUGCUCAUAUGAUGGAUUCUAUGUUAAUGUUGGCGAGCAGUUCUGGAAUCUAGAAUGUUCUCAAGUCUGUGAGUGUUUUGCUCCGAAUGAUCUGCGCUGCUCUGCUUACUUCUGUUCACCAAAUAUGGAGUGUACGGUCAGAAAUGGACAACGUGGCUGUUACGAAGAGAGUACGACAUACAUAACCACAACCAGAGCAAGUCCUCCCUCAGGGCAGAGCACUAUUAACAUGACCACCAGACCAAUCCCCCCAGCUGUGUUUUAUCCAUUUGGUGAUGGAGACACAGUGAAUGUUCGUUCUGAUGAUGGGGGCUCGUCUGUGAUCUACCUUCUGCAACAGUUCAUAUUUUUUGGACAAAGAUAUAGUCAAAUAUAUGUCAACAACAAUGGAGACUUGACUUUUAAUGGGCAGUUUAGCAGCUGGACUCCAUUCAGGUUCCCAGGUUAUGGUGGACAAGACCUCAUUGCUCCAUUCUGGACAGAUUUGGAUAAUCGUGGGAAUGGUGUGGUUUCAUAUCGUCAGUACACCAACGGCAGUGUGCUCACAGAGGCCACAGAAGACAUUAACCAAUACUUCCCUGAUCUGAGCUUCUCUGCUACUUGGGUCUUUGUAGCAACAUGGGACAGAGUUGCAUAUUUCCCUCAGUCAGGAACGGAAACAUCUUUCCAAGUGGUUUUGAUUUCAGAUGGCCAUUUCACAUUUGUAUUGAUGAAUUAUGGAACAAUUGCUCCAACUCAACGUACAAUACAGGCUGGUUAUGACACCAUCAGCUCUAAAUACCAUUUCUCAAUUCCUGGAUCUUUCUCAAAUGACAUCACAAACUUGACAUACAGCAGCAAUGUCAAUGUGCCAGGCAGAUGGGCCUUCAGAACAGAUCAUGGAUCACGGGGUUGUCAAUUUAAUGGUAGUGCAGUCCAGCUUGGAGACUCUUUCUGGAGUGAUGCCACCUGCCAGCAGAAAUGCAUUUGUACCAACAGUGGUCUUCAGUGUAGCCCUGAGCCAUGCAGUUAUUCCCAAGCCUGUCGUCCAGCUGCCUUUCAAUACUCCUGCCAGAACAUUCCACGGCAAACAUGUACCGUCUCUGGUGAUCCUCACUACUACACCUUUGACAAUCAGGUUUUUCACUUUCAAGGGACCUGCACAUACGUUCUAUCAGAGGCUUGCAGCAAUGGAUUGCCAUACUAUCGCAUUGAGGGCAAAAAUGAGCAUAGGGGUAGCACGCAUGUGUCUUGGACACGAAUGGUUAGAGUGUUUGUCUAUGAUGAAGUAAUUGAACUGGUCAGAGAUCACAACUAUGAAGCAAGGAUUAAUGGAAGCUUUGCAGCAACACCAUUCUCUCUACGCAAUGGCUCCAUCCAAGUCUAUCAAUCAGGUUUUUCUUUGCUCAUCAGCACAGAUUUUGGUCUGCUUGUUACAUAUGAUGCAUUCAGCUACGUCAGGAUCUCUGUACCAUAUGACUAUCAGAAUGCCACCUGUGGUCUGUGUGGAAACUAUAACCUGCGCUCUGAUGAUGACUUCCGUUCACCCAGUGGGGAGAUCUUGAGCUCAGAUGUGGACUUUGCCAACAGUUGGAAAGUAGAUAGUGACACUGACCCUGAGUGCCAUAAUGUCAGGUGCACAGGUCUGGCUUGUGCUGUUUGCACCACAGAUGAAACUAAUCUUUACAGUGACACAAACCACUGUGGAAUCCUAGGAGAUGUUGCUGGUCCUUUUUCUGCUUGCCAGUCUGUUCUUGCCCCACAGACGUACAUGGAGAUCUGUGUCUAUGACCUUUGUUUGGGACAAGGGUACCAGCCAAUUUUGUGCCAGGCUCUGAAUGUGUAUGCCACUCAGUGCCAACAACAGGGUGUACAGCUUGGGCAGUGGAGGCAGCAAGGAUUUUGUGAAAUUCAGUGCCCUGAACACAGCCAUUUUGAGCCUCAAGGAACAGGCUGCCCAGCAACAUGCAGUAAUCCAUCUGCCCCAAUGAACUGCCCCUUGCCAAAUCAGGAAAGUUGCAUCUGUGAUCAUGGGUACAUUCUCAGUGCUGGAGUGUGUGUGCCUCAAGCAAACUGUGGUUGCACGUUUGAGGGUUUUUAUUACGCUGAAGGACAAUCGGUAGUGUUGGACGGUGACUGUGGGAGACGAUGUGAGUGCAGCAGCAUGUCAAUGAUCUGCCAUCAGUAUCAGUGUGGUCCAGGAGAAGUGUGUGAGGUCCAUAAUGGUGUAAGAGGCUGCAGACCUAUUGGUUAUGCAACCUGCUCAGUUGAAGACCUAGGGUCAUAUCACACCUUUGACGGGCACAUUUUCAGAUACGCUGGAGCAUGUGGACUGACCCUAGCUAGAGUGAUGGGGCCAUCCUCUCUGCCUCACUUUGUAUUGACUGUUGAGAAAGUACCCAGAGGUCUUCAAGACUUUGCCAGAUUUCUGAAGUUCGAGGCAGGAGGAGUCCAGGUCUCCAUUGAAAUGGGAGAGGGAAGCAAUGUAAAGGUGGAUGGACAGAUGGUUGGUCUACCCGUCAGUGUUGGCUCAGGUCAAAUCCGCAUCUAUCACAGUAGUGUGAGGGGUUUUGUUUUGGAAACAAACUUUGGGGUGACAGUGAGAGCCGACUGGCCACACAUUGUCCGAAUCACUGCGCCAAGCACCUACAAUGGCACACUUGGAGGACUUUGUGGAAACCUGAAUGGAGAUAUUGCUGAUGAGUUUUACACACCAGAUGGCGUCCUUUUAAAUGACACUCAACUGUUUGCAGACAGUUGGCGUGAUGGAUCCCUAUCAGCCCACUGUGAGGAGCCAUUCAACAGCUGGGAGCCAGGACAUUUUCAGAGCAGGAGCCAGUUUAGUGAACUGUGUGGUAUCAUGGCUAUGCUUGAUGGACCAUUUGCUGAAUGCAGCAGGACUUUUGAUCCUCAACAGCGAAUUGCAUAUUGCGUUCAGUUGCUGGAGCAAACACAAGGUGCCAGAGAGGCUCUAUGUGAGGCUCUGCGAGGUUAUACACUGCUUUGCCAACAGAAUGGAAUUGCAGUUGAAAACUGGAGAAAUGUCACCAACUGUGAACCCGCCUGUCCAGGAAAUACCCAUUAUGAAGUAUGUGGCACCUCCUGCCCUGCAUCCUGCCCCAGCCUCUCAUUUCCAUUCCAGUGUAGCUUGCAGUGCCAGGAGGGAUGUCAGUGUAAUGACGGAAAUGUGUUAAAUGGAGAUCACUGUGUGCCCCCCAUGGGUUGUGGAUGCCACUACUCUGGGAAGUAUUAUCAGGCUGGACAGAGUUUCUGGCAUGGUGAAGAGUGCCAGCUUUUGUGUGUUUGUGAUGGAAUUACUGGAAAUGUCCACUGCACACCCUCAUCUUGCAGGGAAGAGGAAGUCUGCCAUGUAUUGGAUGGUGAAUAUGGCUGCCAUCCUCGUCCACAAGCACGUUGCUCUGCUUCAGGAGACCCUCAUUAUAAGUCUUUUGAUGGAACCUUCUUUGACUUCCAGGGCACAUGUCGCUAUGUGCUAGCCACAGUAUGUAAUGACACUGUCGGGCUUCCGCAUUUCCAGGUGGAUGCAAGAAAUGAACCAUGGCAUGGACUCACAGUGGCAAUUACAGUAGAAGUUUUUGUCAACAUCUCUGGGCAUUUGGUGCACAUGUCACAGGAUAUGAAUGGUCAUUCUGCUGUUGAGGUUGAUGGAGAGACCAGAAACCUCCCCGUUCUUCUUGAUUCUGGUGGUGUAUCUGUCUACUCCAGCGGACAGUACAUAUAUGUAUCUACUGACUUUGGAUUCAUUGUGAGUUAUGGAGGCUCCUGGACACUGAACAUCCUCAUACCACCAGAGUACAGCGGUGUUACAUGUGGCCUAUGUGGAAACUUUAAUGGCCAGAGUAGCGAUGACUUCAUGACUCCUUCAGGUGAUCUGGUGCGCUCUGCAGACCAGUUUGGGGCUAGUUGGAAGGUUGAAGAUGAGCUGCCAUGCAAUGAUGGCUGUGGAAACAAUUGCCCAUUGUGCCAAGAUCAGACAACUGCCCGUUUGCUGUGUGAAAUCAUCCGGUCCAAUGAAGGCCCAUUUAGCUUCUGCCAUGUUUCUGUAGACCCUCAAGCCUACUAUGAUGACUGUGUGUUUGAUGUGUGCCUUUCUGGAAACCGUAAUAAUGUUCUGUGUCGCUCGAUCCAAACCUACGCUAGUGCCUGUCAGGCUAACAAUGCUGUUAUCUACCCAUGGAGAGAAAGUGCAUCCUGUGCCAUGGCCUGCUCAAAUAACAGUCACUAUGAGUUGUGCGGAACAGACUGUGGUCAUACUUGUGCCAGCAGCAUUGAUGCUAGUUGUGAUCACACAUGCUCAGAGGGAUGUUUCUGCAAUGAUGGAUUGGUGAGGAGCGGAGGACAGUGUGUAUCAGUGGAACAAUGUGGCUGCUCGUAUGAUGGAUUCUACAUUAACGUUGGCGAGCAGUUCUGGGAUCUAGAAUGUUCACAAGUCUGUCAGUGUUUUGCUCCAAAUGAUCUGCGAUGCUCUGCUUACUUCUGCUCAGCAAAUAUGGAGUGUACGGUCAGAAAUGGACAACGCGGCUGCUUUGAUGAUAGCACCACGUACCUGACCACCACUACAGCAAACCUUCCUGCAGAGGAGAGCACCACAGACAUGACAACCACCACCACAAGGCUUCCCUCAGACGACAGCACCACUACAUCAAACAUUCCUGAAGCAGAAGAAGAUCACUGUUCUGAGUUCAACUGCACAGAGAAUGAACAUUGUGAAGAGAAACAUGGUAUUUAUGGCUGUUCCUGCAAGAAGAACCAUCACAGAUCUCAGCCUUCAGCAGCAGACUCCUUUGACUUCACUGAAACCUGUGAAAAUAGCUAUGGCUCCAUAUCUCUGUCUCGCUGUCAGCUUUUUGAUUCUGGCUUUCCUUCUGGCAUCUUGCACCUCAAUGACCCCAACUGCAGAGGAACAGUCCGAGAUGGCCAAGUAGAGUUUUACUUUGACAAUAAUGAACACAUCUGUGGCACAAGUCUAACGGCCAAUGGCACGCACAUCAUCUAUGAGAACUUAAUUAUGGGAGAACCAAACACAACUGGACUUCUCGUUAGCAGAACAAAAGCCCUGAAGCUUUCUUUCAGCUGUGUUUAUUUGCAAACACAAACACUCUCCAUGGACAUCAACCCUCUUGAGAGCACUGUGCAUAAGACCCUUCCUGUUGGUCAAGGUACAUAUCGGGUCCGAAUGAUUCCAUACCAGGAUGCAGAAUUCACCCACCCCUUCGCUGGUAGCGUGGCUGCAGAGGUGAGCAAACGUAUUUUUGUGGAGGUUCGUGUUGAUGGAGUUGACGACCGCCAGUUUGCCUCAGUGAUCGACACAUGCUGGGCUACACCUGUGAAUGAUCCUCACGAUCCUCUCCGCUGGGACCUCAUUGUUGACAGGUGUCCCAAUCCAAAUGACGAUACAGUGGAGCUGGUGCAGAAUGGCGUUUCCACGUUCAGCCGUUUCUCAUUUGAGAUGUUUAUCUUCACUGCAAACUCCACAAAGGUUUACCUGCACUGCGCUAUUCACCUUUGCCUUCUGACAGACAAUCACUGCUCAGUGAACUGUGACUCUGAACACCACAGGAGAGAAGAAAGAUCCGCAGAUAUUCAUGACAGCGCUCACAUAUCCUUGGGUCCAUUUAUGUGGUCUGAAAAUGACAAAGAUUUGCCGGUACCACGCCAAAUCCCUGUAGCAAGAGCUCCAUAUCUGAGUGUUUCUCUUACUGUAUUGCUUAUUUCUCUGAUGUGUUUGCUGAAGUUCUUCUAGAAUUUUUCCACUAAGGAACUUUACAUGUCUAAACUAAACUUUUCAUCUUUUUCUUAAUGAACCUCUGAAAAUCUCUGGCACUGAUUCCACAUCGUUACAAACUUUCUAUAUACAGGACUUUUGGGUGAUUACCUAGAAAUUGAUCAGUUAAUUAAAGGAUUUUUACAUUUACAAAAUUAUGUCUAUCAGAUUCUACUGAUUUGUAUCAGAUUCUGUAAGUCUAUAUACAAUAAAGCAUUAAAUAAUGAGAUUAUGCAAAUCACACAACAAUAGUGAUGUAUUUAUUGGUCAAAGUUAUUUUGCUGCAUUUUUCUUUUGUUGUACAUAUAUUAGUGAAAUAGAAAUAUGCAUUUUUCUUACAUUACUUCUGUAAAUAACAAAAUGAUUAACAGAAUGACUUUCUUUUCUUCCUUUUUUUGUAUAUUUGAAGAACAUAACAUACAACACGACAUACAAUAAAUCGAUGAAUUUAGAAAUUAUCAAAACAAUGAUUUUAAUACACACUUGUUAAUUAAUAGUGACGUACAGCUCCUGUAUUUGUAGUUUUUUUACACACUUGCCAGAUUUUUCUUAAGUGUGUUUUGGAUAAAAGCAUAUGCUUAGUGAAAAUAUACAAAUGCAUUGUAAAUACACAUAUUAUUGAAUUAAAUACCUACAUUAAAUAUGUAUUUUUAAAUUAAAACAAUGUAAAAGUAACCCAAAAAAUACUUUGGCAUGACAUUUUGAUAUCCUUGUCAAAUUAUUUUAACAAAAAGUGAUUUGUUUUUUCAAAUGGACAGCUUAUUAAAUGCAAGUGUCCACUUUAAAGUUUCAAUAUUUAGGUAAAAUGUAACAACUACUUACUACUACUCUGUACUACUUAUAAUCAAAUUCUAAACUAGUAUGGGAGGUUUGAUGGUAUUUCACUUGACUUUAGCCUCUAAAAACAUUUUAAAAUGUGUGUUUAAAAUGUGUGAUAUAGUUGCUGCUGCAUCACAAAUAUUUUCUUUUUCUUUUCAUAAUACUUAAAACAUGUUCAGAGCAUUGUUAAAGAUUUUUACAAAUCGACUGCUGUAAGGAUUGCUUUAACUGUUGCUUAAUAAUAUCUAUUAAAAAAAUCUGACAAAUGUU